AUGUUGCAGGGAGGCGGCAGCGGAGGCGGACGAAGCGGCGGCGGGGGCAUGAAAGGCGGACGAGGCGGCGGGGGCGGAAUGGCGGUGGCCGCGGGCGGCUACAGGCCCGUCUGGGCCCCCCAAGUCUACAGCCCCCAGCUCAGGUUCACCCCCAGCCAGGGGGCACCCCCUCAGUACACGUCGGCACAGGCCCAAUACCCUCAUCACAAUUCGGUGAGUGUGUCACGUAUGCAUUCAAAAUACAAAACCGAAAUCUCGUCAAAGUUCACAACCCCUCGGGUGCCGACUGCAUCCUCUCCGGCUAACACUAGCUCGAGCUCCAGCUCGAAUACUGGCUCCCAAAGCGGGACGUUGUCUACUAGCCUAUCGAACAACAUGGGUGGCCAAGGAGGGGAGCAACAGCUAUCCAAGACUAAUCUCUACAUCCAUGGGCUCAACCCCUCAACGACUGAUAAGGAGCUCUACAAUAUGUGCUCGCAAUUUGGUACAAUCAUAUCCACCAAGGCCAUUCUUGAUAAGAAUACAAAUAAGUGUAAAGGUUAUGGUUUUGUUGACUUCGAGAGCGGAGAUUGUGCCGAAACUGCAGUGAAAGCCCUCCAGGCGAAGGGGGUACAAGCUCAGAUGGCCAAAGUGGGUAUCACACUGCUCCGUAGCCCGACCACUCAACAAGAACAAGACCCUACUAACUUAUAUAUUGCAAAUCUUCCCCUAAAUUAUAAAGAGACAGACCUUGAGAAUCUACUUCUGAAGUAUGGACACGUUAUUUCCACUAGGAUUCUCAAAGAUACUACAGGAACAAGUAAAGGCGUUGGAUUCGCAAGGAUGGAAUCUAAAGAUAAAUGUGAACAGAUUAUUCAAGCAUUCAAUGGAAAGCCUCUUCCUGGAUGCAAAGAUGCUUUAUUAGUAAAGUUCGCUGAUGGUGGACAGAAAAAACGUAAUUUAUACAGAAAUGACGCAAGAAUGUGGAGAGAAGGAACUGAUAGUGGGCAGAUGGGUUACGAUGGGUCGAGCCAGAACGGAGUUGCUACUCAACAUAUGUUGCCCGCUACGCUGACUGGUUACGGCAGUUACCAAGCUCAGGUCUCGAGCUACCCCCUUCCAACUUCUUGGGCACACAGCAUGCUACCCGCACAGUACACGGUCAUGCAGCCAACCCCGCAUAUGUCUGGAGUUGAGAUGAUGCAAAGCGCUGAUCCAAAUACAGUCCAGUACGCACCAGUUAUCAGGCAGCUGUCUGCUCACAUGAAUACACUUCAGAUCAGCCCAGCACCUCCUUACAUUGCAGCGCCAGCGACUCCAUAUUCAUACUACGGACAUGCUCCUUCAAUAAUUCACACUAUGCCGAUACCAGAGAAUGAACACAAUUCAAACACUGCUUCACCUGACGACACCUACCAGUACCAGCCCCAGCCGCAGAAGUAGGGUAGACUCCAGUCAUGAAUUCUAGCCUCCAAAACGUUACCUUAUAUCAAUUUUUAAUACAGUGGCGGCAACAUACACAGAGAAGAUAAAAAAAAAUGCAAAAAAAGUACAAAAAAAAAUUGAAAACUGAAAAAAAAUGAAAGAAACUAUAUAUUUAAUUUGGCUACACACGUGGCCCACAGAUGGUGAGAAUACCAAUCACACCCGGGUUGGCAUUUGAAGAAUUGUUACCAUUCAUUGGCUACCAAUGGAGCAAUUCCAUCGGUAGCUUUGUAAAGGUAACAAACAACAUUUAAUUGAGGCUCAAUGUUUCUCAUUCUUAACUAAAUAUUUUUAAUAUAUUUUUUCUUUCUUUUAAAUUUCGAAUGAGGUCUCGAUUAGGUUAUUAGUCGGUAUUUGAAUUAUUCUUCUGGUACGGUAUAUGUAUAUUAACAGUGAGCCAUAAAGUAGAUGCCAUCAACAUUUAUUUAAUGAAAGAAAAAGAUAAAUCAAUUGGCUCAAUUUGAAUUGUUAAAUUAUUUUUUCAUAAUCAAUUAUUGUGUAGAUUUUAUUUGUGUUAUGUUUGUUGUAAGUGAUUUGAGGAAGGAUUUAUAUUUAAGAGUAAAAAUAGUUUAUGAAAAUAGUUUUUCAUAUUGUUUGUAUUUUUGAAUUCAUCAUACAGAUGUGAAAUUUACGCAGUAAUAGUGGACGUAACUUGAUAUUUAAAAAAAACUUACAUGCAUUGUGAUGUGUAGUGUACAGUUAAUAUAUUUAUUCUACAAGAGAGUUUUACGAGAGCUGAAUUCUAUAGUUGCUCGUCACUUUGAAAAAAAUAUAUACAAAAAAAAAAGGUGUAAAAUACACAGAAUAACAAGUGUGCAAAAUUUAAUUCAAAUUCUCUUCUUUACUGUUGGAAAAAAAUGACCUUUCGCAUUAAUCCCAUGGCUAUAUUUUGUAAAUUUUAAAGAACCCAGCCCUUAAACAUUCAUUUAAAUUUUUUAAGAUAUAAGUAAAGUAAAAGUUUGUUAUUAUUUAUUUGGUUGUUGAUAUUUGAAAAUUUUUAAUAUUUAUAUAUAAAUAAUUUUUUAAAAAGUACGCUGAGCUGUUUAUACAAUUGGAAAAAUUCAUAUCUUUGUAGAAAGUAGUCAGUGUAUUUUCCAUUCCUUUUAACUUUUAAAUGGGUAAGAGACCAUUUCGCUAGUCUCGUCGCAUUGUAGAUAUUAAUAUUAAAAAAAGAAAGUAAUUGUUUCUUUGUAUUCGUUGUUAACACUUGUUAUACAUGACAAAUAAACGUUGACUGCACCUUCCUAUUUGUGUAUUAUAUUAUAAAAAUUAUAUUAAGCCUUGUAAUAUGUGUAUUUAAAAUUCCAUUUAAAAAUGAUUCAUAUCUUUCGUGUUUGUAGAAAAUAUUAUAGCUAGCUAUUCUGGUCCAGCUUUAAUAAUUUGUCUUCAAUAUAUGUGUAAAAUCGUCCUGCUAGGGUUACAUUUUAUAAAUAGAUGAAAAAUCAUUAAUUUUUCCACUUGAAUUCACAAAAAAAUAAACUUUUGUACUUAUUGUAUUGUAAAUGUUUUAUUCUCAUACCAAAAGAAAAAAAACAAUAUAUUUGUAUAUAUUUAUAUAUAUAUAUAUGUAUGUAUUUGGUUCUGUUCAAAAAUUAUCAGCAUAUAAAAGAAAUACAAUACAUGAGGGAAGAUGUGCUGUUGUAAAUACGUAUAUGUUAAAUGUGUUUCUUAGAAAUGUCUAAAGCUUUUAACAGUUUAGAGCAUUUUUUAUUAUGGAAAAUUACCAGACUAGCAAUUAUUUAAAAAUAAAAAAAAAUUGAUGAAUCAUAAUUCAUCAGUCUUCCAACUUGUUGUUUGGUUUUCUUCUUUUGUUUCUGUUCAAUUAACUUUUUUUUCUCUUCUUUUUUACAUUUAUAAAGCAUCUGUUUAUAUUAAUCAUUACUGUAAUUGUACAUUCUGUGUCUUAUUCUGAUACUAAAAACUAUAUUAAUCCGAUAGAUGUUCUUAAAGUAUAUAUUGUAAAAUACAAUUUUAUAGGUAAAAUAUGUGCCACGUCAGGGGGUUGUACCUGUCGUAGACAAUGUUCCAAAAGAAGUGCCAAAUAAUAAUAAUAAUAAUAAUCUAGUAGGAGGUGCAGUUGACUGAAGGUGAACCAAGGCUGUGAUGUGCCAGGCGUGUGCUGAUGUGGCCUCUAGCCGGUCCGUCCCCUGCCCGCUGAUGUGCAUGUGUUCAAUCGGGGCCUUUAACAAGAGUUGUUUUCAAUUCUUAACUCAAAUCACCUGUCAUCUCUUAUAACGAUGAUGCCGAACUUUGUUCAGGGCCGUUAGUACAAUCAAAAGGAGGCGAACUGGUCAGACCAAACAAUAGCAAACAUAGGGCAUAUCACAGCACUAUUUAUAUAUAUAGAUAUAUAAAAUAUAAAGAGGACUGUUUAUUUUGAUACUUUUAACCUUGACACAAGUCAAGUAAAGUACCACUAUUUUUUUAUGAACAAUAGUUUUUAUCGAAAAUGUGUAGCAAAUGUGUGUGUUUUACUGGCUUUAAAGGUUACUAAAUGCUUAAAUAAUAUACUACAAGGAGAAUAAGACUCUUUUGUCGAGAGAAUUUAAUAUCGAGGGUCAUUGUAGAAAGAACCACAAACGUUCAAAUAGGGAAUAGGUUAAUUUUUGUAUCAAAAAAUGUGAUUUUUAAACAUGUAAAAGACCUUGAUUGUAAGUUGAGAAUAUAUUAGCUUGCCACUUCCCUAAUAUUCAUAAUUUCCUCAAUUAUUGGUGUAGAUAAUUUGCUUUGAACAAUCGUACAUCAGAGCCCUAUUUUUUCCAUUCGCUCAAUAAAUGAUUUGAAAGCCCUUCCAAAAAGAAGAAUAAAAUAUUUGAAAAAUAAUUAAACUCAUGAAUAAAUUUUAUGUUUCUUGGAAACUUUUGUAUUUGAAAAAGUAAAAUCAGCUGUUUAUUACAUUUAUAUAUUAACUUUUUGGAGCAUUUCAAAAAACUUAAAGCUUUUGUAGAACAUCAAUUGACAACAGUGCCAUUCGGUUUCUACUGUUGUUUGUUAUUGUAAGUGGAAACACAACUGACAAGACAUACAAUUGAAUAAUUUUAUAAAACUCCAAGGUUAUGCAUCUUGCAUAACCUUUAGAUUUAAGGUUAGUUAAUAAUAAAUAUAUAUAUUUAGGAUAAGUAAAGAAGUAAAUCUUUAUGAAACAAUUUUUUCUGAAAAGUAGUCGGUAGAUUGUAGUGUAAAAAUGUAGAGAAUAGUUUUUAAAUUUAGGCUUUAAAGUGAGAGAAAAAAAAAACUUUUUUGGGCAUAAUUAAUUUGCUGCCAUUGUUGAAUUUUACCGCAUCCGAAGUAAUAUCGCUUGCUGAGUUUUUCGUAUUUUUUUUUCUCCCCUCUUUUCCAGUUUGAACGGUGUGAUAUGUAGUAACAAAAUGCUUCUUCUAACAAAUUACUAACUGGAAUUGUUGAUGAUGUAACAAUGAGUGUUUCUAAAGCAUUUUGAAGCUUCAUAAUUUUUGUAAGUUGGUUUAAAUCAAUGUUUGUACUGUCUUGUGGUAGAUUUUAGGAAUCGUAGGUGUAGCUCUUUACGCGUGAUUUAAAUAUAUUAAAAUAAAAACGAGAAAAAGGUUUUUUUUUUCAUCUACUCUUUUCUUUGAUAUAAAUUGGAAGCCUAUUUUGAAUGGCUAAAAGGUCACAUGGGCAGAGGGUUCCACACUGAGUUAGAUUCCUAAAAAUAAAAAAAAAAUAAAUAAAAAAAACUAUUUUUAAAUGUUGUAAAAAUUCUGUAGGCUUAGUUUAGCUUAUAGUAUUUUUAGAAUAAUUUUAAUAAUUAAUAAGCUAGUAAUUAGGAUUGUACUCUCCAGAAAAGAAUAAAAUGGAUUCGGGCUUAAAAAUUUAACGACUGUUAAAAAGUCUGAUUUAGGUUUUUCAUAAAUAUGUGUUAUGUUUAAAUAAGCAUAAAAAAAAAGAAAAAAAAAAAGAAGGAAUUUUUGAACCGUUUUUGUGAACACAAGAUAUAAAGUAGGUUUAAUGAUUGAGAAGUGCUAGUAUUCAAACUUUGAUUUAGGAAAUGUUCCAGGGAUGUCAGAUAACAUUAAUAUAAAUAAAUUUAAAACAAAACAUAUUUUUAAUAAUUUAUUAUACAUUAGCCAAUGUUGAGCUCAAUAUUUGUAAUAUUCCUUUGACCGCAAGAAAAAGAAAGAAAAUAACAAAAAACCAAAGUACCUUUCUCCAAGUGUCCGGAAAUUAUAGAAAUAAAUGAACUUUAGAUUUUGUAUACACUUUUUUAGAAUAUAGGUCGUUCUAGAAUUAGAAUGGUUUAUUAGGGAAAAAUUCCCUUGUCUAAAUUAGAGACAAAAUGUAAAAUUUUUUUUAUUUCUGUUCUCAUAAAAAAACCAGAAUCUUUUGACUUUCCCCCUUUUUUUUUUUUUAAUUAAUUUGUCAUAAGAUAUGAUGUGCAUUGGACAUUGAAAAGAAGUUUCACCAAAAGGUGAAAAAGUUUUUUGUCAAGAUGGAAGGAAACGGAACUCUUGGGGUCAUAACAUGGAGAUAGAAUUUCUUGUUUUAAUCUUAUUUUUCUUUAUUUAUUUUUUUGAAUAUUGUGUUGUAGGUUAUAAUAUCUCUCCUCAAAGUGUUAUAUAUUUUUUUAUAUUAUCAAAGCUAUAAAAUGUCUCAGAAAUCCACAGUUAGUAAAAUCAUUCCGUAGCGAGUACGUGUAGGAUAAUUGGAUCACAACUUGUGAGUUUUUAUGUGAGAGGGUUUCUGUGACCUUUUCUAUUUUAUUUUUUUAAUUUAAUUUUUUUUAAAUAAAUUUAAUUGUAUACAUUCUUAACAAGUCUUUCCAUUUAAAUCAUCUUAUAAAUUAAUGUUAAUUUAUUUACUUUAUACCUCUGUUGUUAUUAUAGGAAUAAUUUAUGAAAAUAGGUGCAAUAUUAUUGUUAGUGCGAUGUAAUGUUUUCCUCUCCCUCUAAUUUUGGAUUCUUUUAAUUAUGGUAUACUUUAUGGUAAUAUUGGAAACAUGCAUAUUAUUGUUCUGCAUUGGCUUGUUUACAAAAUUAAAAUUAUAAAUGCCUGUGAAAUAACUACCUCCAAUUAGAGUUGUGGUUGUGCCCACAGAUUUGUUGUAUUCAGGAUAGGCCUUAUUUCUUUAAUAAUGCUAUGCUAAAAAUAAAUGAUUCCCCAUAGUUUUUAAUACAAGAAUAGAAACAAUAUUUAUGGUAAUAUUUAUUUUUAUAUACAAUAUAGAAAUCCAAUUGUAGUUUGGUUACUUAAAUUAUAAAGAGGGGGGUAGGGUUUGACCUAAGUGCACAAAGCGAGUUUUUUUUCUUUUCUUUUAAGCCGAUAUUAUUUUUCUCAAAAUAUAUAUUUAUUUUUUAUGAAAUGAAGUUUUAAACAAAUUCAAAUUUAAAUAGUAUAAUGUAGGUUAAAGGUGUGUUUGGAUUUGUAGUUAAAUUAUAGUACUAUGGCUUUGAAAUACCUUGUAACUAUCAGACUAUACUCAUCCCCGUACUGUAGUCUAUUAUCCUAAAAAUAUUUAUGUUUGGUUAAAUUAUUUAAACUUCAAUCAAAGGUGCUAGUCGAUUAAAAAAAAAAAUUGAAUAUUAGCUAUACCAUGAUUAAAAUUCCAAAAUUAUAUUUCUAGGGAUGAGUAUAUGAUUACAAUAAUGAAGUAUUUAUUUUCAUUAGAUUAAGUAGUUAUGUAAUUAGUUGUACCGCAAAGGCAAAGACUUCAAUAUUCCAAAGAUUUUGUUUAUUUCUCUUAAAUAGUUUUUUUUCUUUGUAAUUUGAUUAAUCAUCAUUAUUAUAAUGAGCUACCUUGAAAUAGAAUAUGAAAUUGUUAUUAAUGUACAAAGUGAUAUGUUGUUUAUUUUUUCGGUUAUGACAUGUAUUUUGUAAAACAAUUUCCCUGAAACAUUAUUGGUUAGGAAAAUGCUUUUGUUUUUUCUCAUCAAUUUUGUUUCUUGUUACGACUCCUCUAUUUGUAUUUUGUCGAAAUUUGAAUAUUAAUAAAUCGGAUGUUGCCUGAAAAGAAAAGGAGUGCUUCGAAGCAAACUGAUCGGCAGUUUUGAGUGUCGUGAUAAAUCUUAGUUACAAGAGAGAGGACAUGACAUUUAAGAUCAUGCAAAUAUGCAUUAGUGUAUUAGUGAAUGUAAUGAAUGAUAAGUUAAUCAUUGAGAACUGUGUUUUGGGUUUUAUUGAAUAAAAAAACCAUCAGAGGACUAAUAUAUUUGAUAGGUUUAAUGUUUAGUUAUUAGUGAAACAGAUUUUUUUUUCUUGAUUGAAAAUGAAGAUGAAUUAAUAUAUAUAUAAAUGAAAAUAUAACGGAAGCUCGAAUUGCUGCCUCUCGAACGGGAUGUAAUGGUUGCAACAAUCAUGCAUGCUCUUAAAUGACCCUGUCAGCUUCAUUCAUCAUUGUUUCUCUUUUUUUUAAAAAAAACAAAACGAUGUAAUGUCCAAUUUGUACUGAUCCUAAUAAAGAUCUGUAUCUUGGAUAAUUUUAUGUAUUUUUUUCUAUCACCG